UGACUUGCAGCUGUUGCCUGGCCUGGCUUGGCUGAGGUAGGACAGACCAGCGCGCAGCACUCCGUUCGUGUCUCACGCUCAGAGUAGAAGCCCGUGAACCCUGCUGUCCCAAGUGUGAAUGUGCCCAGUAACGUCGACGAGUUCGUGUCCAAGGGCUGCAGGGUGGCGGGCCGGACGCGUGAGCAGCCGCGUAGCAUGCACCAGGACUGACUUUUGAAAGAGAGAGAGAGAGAGAGCUGGCUGGCGUGUGAGGUGUUCAGUGUCUCUGUCUUCGGCUUCACUAAUUUACUCGGCGCACCGGACAUGUUGUGCUGAGACAACCCCGGCAGCUGCACCACCCCGAGAGCCCUCUGUCCACUCAUAUGGCCGUGGUUGGUCCCACCAGACACUCCAGGGUGCCCAUGUCCAUGCCCCUGAUGCAAGGCGCGGCCCCCGGAGGCGGCAGCGCGGCGGCGGUUGCAGCGGCCGCCGCUGCAGCCGCUAACCAGCAUCACCAGGCCAUCCUGCACGCGGCCGCCGCCGCCUCGCAGAACACCUACUUCCACACGCCCCACGCGGCCCUGCCGCCCACGCACCAGGCUCCGGCACCCCCGGCUGGACAGCAGCAGCCUCAGGACGUGCAGCCUGACAGGCCCAUCGGAUACGGCGCCUUCGGAGUCGUCUGGGCUGUGACCGACCCUCGAGAUGGCCGCAGAGUUGCUCUCAAGAAAUUACCAAACGUAUUCCAGUCACUCGUGUCAUCGAAACGUGUCUUCCGGGAGCUUAAAAUGUUGUGCUUCUUCAAACAUGAAAAUGUUUUGUCGGCGCUGGACAUUCUGCAGCCUCCACAUCUGGACUUUUUUCAAGAAAUUUACGUCAUAACCGAGCUGCUGCAAAGCGACCUGCACAAGAUCAUCGUGUCCCCGCAGCACCUCUCCGCCGAUCACAUCAAAGUUUUCCUCUACCAGAUUCUCAGAGGCCUCAAAUAUCUACACUCAGCGAGGAUCUUACAUCGAGACAUCAAGCCGGGAAAUUUAUUAGUCAACAGUAACUGCGUGCUCAAGAUAUGUGAUUUCGGUUUGGCCAGAGUGGAAGAACCCGACCGGUCGCGGCACAUGACCCAAGAGGUGGUCACCCAGUACUACCGAGCGCCGGAAAUACUGAUGGGAGCUAGGCACUACUCGGCAGCAGUCGACGUCUGGAGUGUCGGCUGCAUCUUCGGCGAACUCCUUGGCCGGCGGAUUCUGUUCCAGGCGCAGAGCCCUAUCCAACAGCUUGAGUUGAUCACCGACUUGUUGGGGACUCCUGCUCUGGACGACAUGCGUCACGCCUGCGAGGGAGCCCGGGCACAUAUGCUGAGGCGGCCGCAGCGUCCACCGUCGCUCACGGCCCUCUACACGUUGUCAGCACAAGCCACUCACGAAGCGGUCCAUCUGCUCUGUCAGAUGCUUGUUUUUGAUCCAGACAAGAGAAUUUCGGUUGUGGAUGCUCUGGCGCAUCCAUAUUUGGACGAAGGGCGACUUCGAUACCAUUCUUGCAUGUGUAAGUGUUGCUACACAACGCCAGCAGGACUCCGACAGUACACUUCAGACUUUGAACCCGCUGCACCCUUGCCUUUUGAUGACCAUUGGGAGAAGAACCUUAAGUCAGUGCAGCAAGUUAAAGAGGAAAUGCAUAAAUUCAUCAGCGACCAACUGAAUACAAGCCGAGUGCCGCUGUGCAUCAAUCCUCAGUCGGCAGCGUUCAAGAGCUUUGCCAGCUCGGCUGUUGCUCACCCUUGUGAACUUCCUCCGUCACCCAGAAACUGGGAGUAACUCUGCUGAGCGUAAAUUUUGGCGCACCGCAGCACUUUGUUAGCCAGUGGAGGAACCCCCUUUCCAAAUAACAUUGAAAGAAAGAAAGAAACAGCCUCAGUUUUUAAGUCAGUCACUCACUAUCAGCAGGUAACACAAGCCAGAAUCGAUGUCUCUGUCACGUGUCCGUGCAACCAAUGUAAAAAAGCUAGACACAAAGGCAGAACUCGAAUUUCUCGCAACCUACAAAACAUAUUUGAUGAAAAACUCGGCAGCACUUGAAAAAAGCGAUUUUUUGAAUGAUUGCGAUGAUAGAGGUAUAUAUUUUCAUUAGAUUCCACAGAAAAUGCACUACUGAAGAUGAUGUUAACCAUUCAUUAUCGACUAAAUGUACGAAAAAAGGUAUUUCCAAGGAUCUCAAGACACGUUUACGUUGUAAAUACUUCUGACUAUAUAAGCACUACCGAUAAUUGCGAAAGAGUUUAAAAGAUCGAGGGCCAUUUUGAAAUCGACAUUUGGUCUUUGAAGAUGCUUUGAGAAAUAUCUAAUUAUCACUUUUGUGUGUGCGCAAACUGCGAUUGGUGGACACGUUUGUGAAUAAUAUUUUCCGCUAAAGUAAACCGCAAGAUUAAUUUGUAACGUAAGGAGUGAUGGUUUUUAAUUUUAUGUGAUGAGAUGCUUAAGAUUUUAUAAUAAUCUUACUUUCUGUUAUGGGAGUAGUGGAGUUAUGAUCUCAGAUGACGCAUGACGGUUCUCUUUAUUGACAACCGUCUUGAUAAUACACGAUGUACGAAGUAUCUAACCAUCUCUACCCAAUUAAUUAAUUAUUUAUGAACAAAGUCUAAAUUAACGCCAGCUUACUUGAAAGUUAUUAGCAUUAACCAGUUAUCAUUCGACGAAAUCAAUUAGCAGCAACUAUUUCUAAAGAAUAAAACAAUUACUAAACCAAUGCUCACUUCUUUAACGCAUACAUUAAAUCCAUUCAGAUAGGUGCUGAUAAUUAAUUGUGGAAUUCUUCGAUUGCAUACUUACACUCUUGAAAUAAAACGAAAUAGUUUAAUUAGCCACGACAUUUUUCUUGUAAAUAUAACAGAAAAAUAAUAUUUCAUGUAACCUGCCCAUAUUGUGGUGUUUUUUGCAUGUAAAAUAUAAAACUGUACCUUUUGGGGCCUUAAAUUACAAAAAACAAAAAAAUCGAACUUUUUGUGUCCACACCCAAGGAAUCAGGCAGUAGCUGUAAAUCCAAUCAACCUCUCUUGCAACUCGGAACCGAUCUGUAGCACACAAAGCCACUAGGCCGAGCUCGGCGACCAGAUGCGCGGAAUACAUAUCCAAAGAAAAGCAUCAGAGUGGAAUAAUUUUAGCGCUGAGCUCGUACACUCACUUACUCACUCACACACAGACACACUUCUGCAUUACGAGGAUAGACAGUCCUUUAUGUCCUAGAACAUUCACCAGAGUCACUGCCAUUGACGAAACAAUUCCAGUUUGCUCUUUUCCGCAAUGUCGCUCUAUAUUAGCCAAAAAUUAAUCGAAUCCAAGCGUCCGUAGUAGUUCUACAGCAUAAUUCCACGUGUAAUUCAAAGUGUGCAUAAUCCUGUCGGUGAAGUUGAUUAAUUCCGUCUUUGUGUAAAUUUAAACGACUCGUGCACUAACUCGAAGUAAUUUAUAUAAUUACAUGUUGUAUAAUCAAGUUGGACCCUUUUUGCAAUCACGUCACUAUCGUGUCGCUGGACACUUGCAAUGUGUUGUUAAUUAAUUAAUGAUGAAAAAAGAAGGAAGCAUCUCUCAUCUUAAAAUGGGUGUAUGUGUAAUUAACUCUAAUCAUUGCUAUCGUUAUGGUAGGUAUGGAGUACGAUCAGAUCAUUGGAGGGUAGUUGAAAAAAAGUAAUAACGAAAGCCUAAACUAUGCAAAAAACUACAAUUAUAUACUAUACACACAUGAUUCCCUCUCACCGCCGACUGCCUCCUAUUAUGAAAUCCAAAGAAACUGGACUCGCUCCGAUGAGUUAGCUGAAACGAAAAAUCACUUCUGCCUGCUUAUUUCGAUUAUGAGGAUUCUUACCACUCAGGGACAUAAUCAAUUUCCAAUUUAUUCACUCACUGUACAAUUGACUAAAACUAAUUAUUGUUGGAAAGCAAUAGAUCUGCCAUUCAUCACAAUCAAAGGAACACCUCUCUGCGAGUAAAUUUGUGAGGGAAAAAAAUUAACGACCGACUUGAGUUGAACACACAGAAUUAGCAUCAUUCGUGGCCUUACAGAUUGUUUUACUUCUUGAGUAUGUAACGACGAAACACACACAUAACACUCACAGCUUGUAUAGUAGGAUAGCAAACAAACAAGGCUGACUCUUUUGAUUUAAAAAAAAAUUAAUGGAAGAAAAGUAGCUGGUCGAAAAAGUAACAAAAGUAACAUUUAUACGUUCACCCUUGUUUUAGGUCAGAUGAAAAUUCCAUCCACCUUCAGUAAGAAAAUUUUGACAAUAGAAGGGGAAUAAUGUAAAUAUUGUAAAUAGUAACAACUAGUAAUUGGAUCGAACCCUCUUGAAAGGCGUGCAGUGCAAAGUCGUGCAACUUUGCGAGACGGAAAAACACUCACUGCGGUGGUUAUUAAUUAAUGCGAGGAAUUUUGGGGUGAAUUGUAAUAAAUUUGUGGAAUUUUGAUUCACAAGAGAAUUAUAUGCUAAUUUUUAUCUCACGAGAUAAACCAGCACGUUUUCAUAAUUCAGCAUAUCUGUGUUAUCUCAUCAUUUUUAAUGUAUUCAUUAAAAUUCUGUCCAUUGUAGCGACAAAAUGAAAUGUAAUAUUUGAGUGUCAUGUUAGUGAUGAUCAUGUUGUGGUGUCGGAUUUAAAAGCAAAAAAUGAAAAGGUCGUUUUUGACCUAGGUUGGUGAACGAAAAUUUGUAAAAAUCCUGAUGAAAAAAAAAUCAGAACACUCACUCGCGACAAAUUGAUGUGUCGUUGACGCAAGAUGAUGAGUCUUUAUAUUAUUAACGACGAUUUCAUUUCUGUGUAAAUAUCACUAGUGAUUUGCUAAAAAAUAUAAGUGCGUAAUAAAGCUAGAUGUGUAAUUUUUAAAA